UUUGGUGUAUCAGCAGUCGGAUAGGAGUUUUGUUCUCCUCCUCCUCACUCAUUUCAGAAUUCACCGCUUAACGGGAAAAGCGGCUCUCAAGUGUUCCUCCUUCCACUUCGCGCUCACAGACAGAGCCGCCGAAAAGGAAGCACAACUCGGCCGUCUCCGGCAUGUCCCAGUCCCAGAGGUUUUUGGUCACCGCUGUUCACAGCCGGAGAGACGGGCUUGGAAGCGAUGGGAUGCAGAAUGGGGACAGCAAUGAUAGCAGUCUCACAGAGAGAGAGAGUACCGUGCCUAUACUGGAGUAUCUCAGGGAGCCCAACAGAUACGGAGAUGGAAUUCCCAAAGAAAGCAGCCCUUUCAUCAAUAGUACAGACAUUGACAAAGGAAUCCUGUAUGAAGGGAAAAACUUGGCACUUUUUGAGGAAGAAAUGGAUAGGAACCCAAUGGUCUCCUCUCUGCUUAACAGACUGGCGAACUACACCAACCUUACCCAGGGCGUCCGAGAACAUGAGGAGGCAGAAAACAAUGAGGAGCCGAGAAAGAAAGAAAUUAAGGCUCCUCGAAUGGGUACAUGUAUAGGAGUCUAUUUGCCGUGUCUACAGAACAUUCUGGGAGUUAUCUUGUUCCUGCGCUUGACAUGGAUUGUGGGAGCUGCAGGAAUCUUCGGGUCCUUCUGGAUUGUCUUCAUGUGCUGCGCUUGUACCUUGCUGACUGCAAUAUCGAUGAGUGCCAUAGCAACCAAUGGAGUGGUGCCAGCUGGAGGCUCCUACUACAUGAUCUCAAGGUCACUGGGCCCAGAGUUUGGAGGGGCUGUGGGCCUCUGCUUUUAUUUGGGAACCACAUUUGCUGGGGCCAUGUACAUCUUGGGAACGAUUGAAAUUCUACUGACCUACAUUGUUCCAAGUGCAGCUAUAUUCAAAGCAGAGGAUCCCAGCCAAGAAACCAGUGCCAUGCUGAAUAACAUGAGGGUCUACGGCACAUGUGCAAUCACUCUGAUGGCCACGGUGGUAUUUGUCGGAGUCAAGUACGUCAACAAACUGGCUCUGGUUUUCCUAGCCUGCGUCAUCCUUUCUAUCCUUGCCAUCUAUGCAGGGGUCAUCAAAACUGCCUUCAAUCCACCUGACUUUCCCCUAUGUAUGCUUGGAAACCGGACUUUAGCCUGGCAAGCUUUUGAUGUGUGUGCUAAGUUUAGUACUGAAGGCAACCAGACAGUGACAACUCAGCUUUGGCAACUCUUCUGUGAUAGUCCCUAUCUCAAUGCCACCUGCAAUGAAUACUUUAAUCUCAACAACGUCACAGUAAUUCAAGGGAUUCCUGGUAUUGCAAGCAAUGUAAUAAAUGACAACAUCUGGAGUACUUACGGAUCACAGGGGGAAAUGUUGGAAAAGCAAGGAAUGCUAUCUGUACCUGCCUCGGAGGAUGCAACAAACACAGGACUCCCAUACGUGUUCAGUGACAUUGCAACCUACUUCACCAUGCUGGUUGGCAUCUACUUCCCCUCUGUGACUGGUAUCAUGGCUGGUUCAAAUAGGUCCGGAGACUUGAAGGAUGCCCAGAAAUCCAUCCCUACUGGAACACUGUUGGCAAUUAUUACAACCUCAUUCAUUUACUUGACAUGCAUUAUCUUGUUUGGUGCUUGCAUAGAAGGUGUGCUCUUAAGGGACAAGUUUGGUGAGUCUGUAAAUGGCAACCUGGUCAUUGGGAUUCUGGCCUGGCCAUCUCCCUGGGUUAUUGUGAUCGGUUCGUUCUUUUCAACAUGUGGUGCUGGUCUCCAGAGUCUCACUGGUGCCCCUCGGCUAAUGCAGGCCAUUGCCAGAGACGGGAUAGUUCCUUUCCUAAGGGUCUUUGGCCACGGAAAGGCUAAUGGUGAACCAACAUGGGCCCUCCUACUCACAGCUGGUAUUUGUGAGAUUGGCAUUUUGAUUGCUUCUCUUGACAGUGUAGCUCCUAUUCUUUCCAUGUUCUUCUUGAUGUGUUACAUGUUUGUGAACCUGGCGUGUGCACUACAAACACUCUUGAAAACACCUAAUUGGAGGCCACGAUUUAAGUACUAUCACUGGACCUUGUCCUUCCUGGGAAUGAGUUUAUGUCUUGCCUUGAUGUUCAUCUGUUCCUGGUAUUACGCACUGGUCGCCAUGGUAAUAGCUGGAUGUAUCUACAAGUACAUUGAAUAUCGAGGAGCCGAGAAAGAAUGGGGCGAUGGCAUUAGGGGCCUGUCCCUUAAUGCAGCUCGAUAUGCUCUGCUGCGAUUGGAGGAUGGUCCACCUCACACAAAGAACUGGAGACCUCAACUGUUGAUAUUGCUGAAUCUGGAUUUGGAACAGAACGUGAAGCACCCUCGACUCCUGUCACUCACCACACAGCUCAAGGCCGGCAAGGGAUUGACCAUUGUUGGGUCCGUGUUGGAAGGGACAUUCCUAGAGAGGCACACUGAAGUUCAUAAUGCUGAACAGAACAUCAAGUCCUUGAUGGGGCUGGAGAAGACAAAAGGUUUCUGCCAUGUGGUGGUGUCAUCCAACCAGCGAGAUGGGAUCUCCCACCUGAUCCAGUCAUCUGGCCUGGGAGGAAUGAAACACAACACUGUUCUGGUGGCAUGGCCAGAGUUAUGGAGGCAAACGGAUGGUCCAGCUGGGUGGAAGAGCUUUGUUGACAUGGUACGUGAAACAACAGCCGCUCACCAAGCGCUGCUUGUGUCCAAGAACAUAGAUUCUUUCCCAACAAACCAGGAGCGUUUCGCCGGAGGCACCAUCGAUGUCUGGUGGAUUGUCCACGAUGGGGGAUUACUGAUGUUACUGCCAUUCCUCCUCAGCCAACACAAGGUUUGGAAGAAGUGCAAGAUGCGUAUCUUCACUGUCGCCCAGAUAGAUGACAACAGCAUCCAGAUGAAGAAGGACUUGCAGCUGUUCCUGUACCAACUUCGUCUUGAUGCUGAGGUAGAGGUGGUGGAAAUGCUUGACAAUGAUAUUUCAGCCUUCACAUAUGAGCGAACCUUGGUGAUGGAGCAGAGAUCACAGAUGCUGAAACAGAUGCAGCUCUCAAAAAAUGAGCGAGAACGAGAGGCCCAACUGAUACAUGACAGAAAUGCAGCUGCUCACUCCUCUGGUACUGACAAGCUUUCAGUUGCUCCUGAAGGAGUGCACAUGACCUGGACCAAAGAGAAAAUCACUGCAGAAAGGCACAAAAAUAAAGAAUCAUUAUCAUCAGAAGGUGUGAGAGAUAUUUUUAACAUGAAACCAGAAUGGGGAAACCUGAAUCAGUCCAAUGUUAGGCGGAUGCAUACUGCGGUGAAACUCAAUGAAGUUGUUGUUAACAAGUCCCAGGAUGCCAGACUCGUGUUACUGAAUCUGCCAGGUCCCCCCAAGAACAAACAAGGGGAUGAAAACUACAUGGAGUUCCUCGAGGUGCUGACUGAGGGCCUGAACAGAGUGUUGAUGGUGCGAGGUGGUGGCAGCGAAGUGAUCACCAUUUAUUCAUAAGACAACUCCGAUGGCCAGUCUUGAAGCAUAUUUACCGAAUGCGAUGCCAACAAAUUUCACUGGUGACAUUUGGCUUUUGUGUGUCUGGGGGGGGGCAGGGUGGUGGCUUUUGUGUGUCAUUUGCUGCUGGGAUCUUUGGAUGUGAUAGAAGAGAGAAGCAUCCUGAUGGUGAAAAGACUUCCAUGGGUAUCCUGGACCAUGAUUCCGAGACAUCACUGCAUGUUUCUUGAUGGAAACAAAAAAGUAAACACUUGCAUCAUGUGACCAGAAAGCUCACUUUGUUUUUUUCUCUCUCUAUCUCUCAACAGUUCUGUGUAAAUUCUGUAAUCCUAAAUGUGUACUACUGUCAGUAGCACUGGUGUAUUCUUAAAUGCUGAAUGGUUGUACAUCUGUCCUCCUUUCCACAGAAACAAUUGGAUCGAAGUCAAGAAAUAUCAGCACCCGUUUGGGGGAAAAAUGAGAAUGCAUCCUGAAAAGUGUUUGUUUUCACUAUAUAAAUAAAUGUGGAAUUCCUAUAUAUUUUUUUCUGGUCAACCUUAGUUUUGCCAGGCCAAACGCACCCACUGUGCAAGUCGUCUCUCUCCAGGCACUUGCCAGUACUGGCCACUAGGUGGCCCUCCUGCUCUGUAUUCCUAUCCAGGGGCUCUACAUUGUGGCACCUCCCCUCAGUAGAUUGGACGCUCGUUUGCAAUGGGGAGAAGGGAGAAGUCUACCACAUUUCGGGGAAUUCCGCAUUGUUGUUUGUGGGUACUCGCCGAGAUCUUGUGUCACUUCACUUUUAUCAUAAGCCUACUUGCUCAGUUUUUAAAAAUUGCUUCUUUUUUUGCAGGAAGAUAGGCUUGAAUGACAGCCUUAUUCCAAAAAUACACACAGUAUGUUGCAGAUCAAACGAAUUUUAAUGCUGGGAAUGUAUUAUAUGAUUGGAUAGAUUUCGUUGCAGAGUUUGUAUGGAGAAUUGGGUAUCGAGCCUACACACUUGCGAGAUCCUCUGUCCACUCAUAUUGAUGAAUGACCAAGUACUUCUUGCAAUCUAUCUUCUACGUGUAGAUUCUUGGCGUGUGUGUUUUCUAUACACAGAUGUUCUAAUUCAAAUGACCUACUCCAGAGUUUCUCUUUAUUUUUUAUAGAAAUUAACAACUGAACAUGGUAUAUUUUCCUUCUGAGCUUUUUGUCCAGCUUGAAUUCAUUUGUGUUGCUCACUCUAAACGAGCUGGUUCCUCCUUUUUGAAGCUCUUGUGUUGAAACGUUCCAGGCAGGUAUGUUGUCUGCCUAUAGUUGUGGAUUAUAUAAAGGGUUUUAAACAACCAAGAAAGAUUUUUCAAAGCCUCUAGUUCAUAUCAAGACACGAAGAAUGCAGGUGCUCCGUCUAUUUAUUCUGACCCCCUACUGCCUGCACAGGCCUGGCUCGAGUUGCAGGCCCGGUCCCCUCACCUGUCCAGGCCUGGCUGUCACUGUGGAUCUAGCUUCCUUAGUCUGAGCUCAAUGAGACCACUUUUAUCAUCCACAUUAUUACAAAUCUAACACUCAGUUAAUCAUCCCUCUUAUGUAACUGCCCUCUCCAUGUUAACAGCUGCUCUGAAUUCUUUCAAGUGUCGGCACAGGUUGGUCCAAUUUCUGGUUAGUGAUGGGGUCCUUCCUGCCUAUCUGACACAGCGUUCAGUCAAUGUUGUAUUCAAACAUAGGAACCUCACAUCUCCCCUACAUUAGUCCAGGUCUGAAUGUGAAUGAGUAGCUAAACUUUCAUUGCCAUCCUGAGCUGAGAACUCUGCAAGAUUGUAUGCAGAUUGACCUUUUAAGUCUUUACGUUGUAAGUGAAGAUUUUCAUUUUGUCAUUGGGUUGUUUCUAUUAGGUAGGAGAAAACCAAAUGCAGCAUUUCCUGUUCACCAGUUUAAUUGUGAUGGUUUAUCUGCUAGUAAACCACCCCCCCCCCCCCCCACUCCCAGCAUGACUGAAGUAAUGUCAACUCGAACCUUUGCAGUCCAAAAAAUAGUUCACCAUACUCAGUUUCUGGUGAAAUGACCACCAUUUUUACAGAAUGUUGCACAGCACAGAUUGAACGGUGCCCAUGGUUACAUUGUACACUGUUUGGUCUUUCAAGAGUAUAGGCUCCAGGAUUGGAAAUUCAUGGAAAACCUGAGUAACCUAACAUUUUAUUCAAAAUGUAUUGAAUUUACGUUCCCAUUGUGUGCCAGUCUGAUCUGUGAUAUUUCCCCACGCCUAAUGGUAAACAAUUGGACCAGGAGGAACUCCCAUUAUUUAGGGUGCAGCUAAUGGAAUUUUCCCAGCAAAACGGCACUUUUUUUCCCCCAAAGAGACCUGUUCUCCUAAGUUUGCCUUGUACACAGGAAUGUGUAUACACACUAAAGAGAGAUUUGGAGUCACUAACUCUUACCAGAAGCUUCUUGCCACUUUUUUUUACAUCAAUCUUUCUCAAGCUAGUGCAGCAGGUAGAACUGAGCUUAAAUACAAUCUUGCAGCAUCUGGGAGGAAGUUGCUCAGAUGUCAGCAGUUUUGGAACAUUGUAAUCCAGUUGUGAGAUCUUAAAAGAGGGAAAAAAAACAAGUGCAAUCGCAGAAGUAGGAUCUGCUUUGUACCAAGUAUGGUUAUUUUGUGAUCUCAGACUGAAGCUACAUAUCUGAGGCACCUUUACUUAUAACCCACAGCAAACUACAGAGAUCACUGCAGUUUUUUUAAAAAAAAAGCUUUCACAGGCCCUUUCCCACAUGCAAAAGUAAUGCCAGGAAGAACGAUGCACUGAAUAGACAGAUUUGGUGAAGUUGGCCUUUUAUUUCCAGUAAAAGGUAGUUUCAUUUUAAAAAUUACUAUUCAUAUAUUAGCUGCACCUUUUGACGAGUAAUUUAAACUAGUUGUAAUCAUUUUUCAUGCCAGUUUUGGUGGGGUAACUUAUUUAGGUUAUGUUUUUUGAGGGGAGGUGGGAUGAGAGGAACAGGGUUUUUUUAAACUGGUGUAAAUGUGACUAAAACUUAACAGAUGUUACAAUUGUAUAACUAACACAUGUAUUUAACAACUUGAAAUUAAAUUUCCAACAUUUCUAAAGUC